AUGAGAGAACAGCCAUAUGAAAAUUUCAGAGAUAUUAUUUUCAAGCAAACUACAACAAAAGACAUUCUCACUGAGCUGUACAGACUAACUGCUGAAAAGGAAAAACUGUUAUCCAGUCUUUUGAGAUCGCAUCACAUUCUGGGCCUUAACAUGGGACAUCAGGAGGAAAAGAAACAGGCUGUUUCUGGAGUCACAAAACUUAAAUGUGAUGAUUGUUCCAGUUUUGCAUAUCAUCAGGAGUUCUUUCUGGAUUCUGCAAAGAGAGACAAAUUAAAUGGCAAGAAAAUGAGGAAAUAUAGAAGAAAAGAGAGCUUUGAUGAAUUCGGGCACUGGAAAGGGAGAAAUAAGUUGUAUGAACAACAUUCUUUACUGAGGGGGCAAGGCAUGCAAAUGAGUAAUGAGAAGAUGCUCCCCAUGAGACUUUCUACCAGGAGUUUUCCCAGUUCCUUUUCUGCCUCCAGUUGUGUAACAGCAAAAGGUAAAGACUAUUUAUUACCAGAUGCUGGUAUACAACCAGCAAGAGGGAUAAAAGAAGGGUAUUUUCUUGAAAGCAACAAAGCUAUGAAACUGGAUGCUGAUUUAACAAGUUCUGUAUCAAAAGACAACGGUGAUAAAGUUGCAAUUGAACUACUGGAUAAUGCAGAAUGCAUUCCUGAAGUUAUAAAUGUACAGCAGAGUAUCACGUUGGUAAAAUCAUCUCAGGAAAAUCUAUCUAACAACCUAGAGAAGUUAAGCAAAUCUGCAGUUCCUAAAACCUUGAAAAAUGUCAAGUGUACGGACCAGGUAUGCAAGAAGAAACCAGGAUUCAGAAUUGCUGCUGAAGUACAGGAUUCAGAAGCUUGUGACAAAAAAGCUGUGAAAACCCAUGUAGAGUCAUUAUCUGAUUUUCACAAAAAAAUGGUUUCUCCUGUUUUCACGACAGUACAUAAUGUGUCUAUAUCAAGAACUGAUGGAUAUUCAGCAGAUGAAACUGCUGGAUACUCUAGAAACAGUGUGCUACAGGAAGAGGAGCAAGAUGGCUCUGUUUUGAAGUACAAAGCAGAGAGAGUGCACAUUACCGAUGAGUCAUGCAACCUUGUGGGAGCAGUCAAUAAAGCUCUUCUGAAAGUUAUACAGAGUGACAGUUUAGAUGAAGCUGCAGAAUGGAAGAGACUGAAACAAAUUACAAGAGUAGACAGAAACCUGCCAGGCUCAAUAUAUGAGAAAAGAACCACGGUAUCCUGGGGAAAAAACAAUCAUUUAUUUCUGAACCUGCCUGUAAAUGAAGACCCUGAUGAUUCUCAGACAAGUAAUAAGCUGGAAGAGAAAAAGCUACAUUCACCCUCGUUACUAGCAAACUCUGAAGACGAACCUAUGUUUGGUGACUACUGCAGUGGGAGACAAAGUGCUAUAAACCUCUCUUUCAAUGAUUUGGAGCCACCAUUUUAUCUGAAGUUUUCUGAACCUGGAGAAUUAGGAUUUGCCAUCAGACAACCAUGCUUACAUCAGAAUGCAACUGCAGGGCAAUUUGAAAAGCGCGCUCUACAAGAGAGACUAACUACUCAGACAAAGCAGAAUUUCUGUGCAGGUCAGUCCUAUUUUAUAUAUUUAAAAACUGAUAGAAUUGAUAAUCCAUGAAAGUGUCAGAGGGAUUUUUUUAAUACUAGCCUUUAAUAAUGUUUUAAAUGA